AUGACGACACCAAACUAAACCAGCCAAGAAAUUUGCAGCAGAAGAUAGAGAAGUUAUAAACAUGAACCAGUUCUAAUAUUUCGCUUAUAAUUGUGGACAACUUUAGGAUCUUUGCACGCGGUUUAAUAAAUUCCACGAACUUUCAGAUAGAUAACUUAGCCUUCUUCCCGAUGAUGUGCUAGUGAGCAUCUUUGCACGCGUCUCAAGAUUGUACUAUCCGACUCUAAAUCUCGUCUCCAAGAGCUUUAGAUGUCUCUUAGCUUCACCAGAGCUAUACAAGGUCCGGUCACUCUUAGGCAACACCGAGAGUUGUCUUUAUGUGUGUUCACGGUUCCAAGAUCGUCAUACGAACACUACCUGGUUCACCCUCUGUCGGAAACCUGAUCAAACCCUAACCAAUGGCACCAUCAAGAAGUCAAGCGGGAUCCAGCUACCUAGAGUCCUCUUCAAGCGUCUCCAUUCUUGAUUGUCGGUCUCACACGUGGCGCGAGGCUCCAAGCUUGCGUGAGGGGCUAUGUUCUGUUUCUUCUAGUGUCCUUGAUCGAAAGAUAUACGUAGCAGGAAGUUGCUUGGAUGGUGAUUCUUACACCUAUAAGAAUUCGUUCGAGGUGUUUGACACUGAAACACAAUUUUGGGAUCCUGAUACCAUUACUUGCAGCAAGACGGAAGGCGAUUUUUACGGAUGCGGAACCGCAUGCAUUGACGGAGAGUUCCAUGUGGUGCCUGUAGGUCAAAAAAGAGAGGCGGUUGCUUACAAUUCCAAGGAAGGUAGAUGGGACAUGGUUGGCCAACAAAUGGAUCAUUAUAAGUUUUCAGCUUCUUGCGAGAUACAGAAUGUUUUGUACUCUUGUACUCAUGGAGUGUUCAGAUGGUAUGACACUAACGCAAUGAUGUGGAGAGAUUUGAAGGGUUUGGUAGGACUACCUAUGUUCGGUUCUGGUGCCAAUGUUAAGUUGGCUGAUUAUGGAGGAAAAUUAACGGUUUUGUGGGAGGAGGAGUUGCCUUCUCGUGGACCUGAUAGCGGCUAUAAGAAGAUGAUUCGGUGUGCAGAGAUUGCGCUUGAAAGGCGCAAAAGUUGUGAAAUUUGGGGGAUUGUUGAGUGGUUUGGUGAUGUGCUUACCGAACCUGUAGGAUAUGUUGUUUUGGAGAAGGUUCUUGAUGUUACUCUUUGAUGAAACUUGAAUGUGUUUUCUUUUGGAAUACUUGUGUGUUCUUUUGGUGAAUGUAACUUCUGAUGAAUGAGUCUUGUCUCUUGUUUCACUUCUAAUAAUUUGAUAUAC